AUUAACCUUUUUUCCCUUUUUUUUCCUUGCUUUUCUUGGUCCUUUCUCUAUAUAUUGUAUUAGCGUUCCAGACGGUAGAUAGUCUUGAACGAACGUCUGUUAUUUUCUACGUGCCAUAAUAUCAUCCACUCAAAGUGGCGUCCAAUAAUCCGCAUAACCCCUUUGGCGAUGAGGCAUCGGAAGCCGAGUCUUGGCAGCGGCAUCCACCCAUGCCUUCCGCAUUUGGAGGCGAUGAUGCCACCGCCAAUCCUUUUGCCAACCCCACGCCUGUGAAUGCAAGCUCGCCGUCGCCUCAUGGCCAACCUACCACUUAUUCUCCUUCCGUUUACACGGCUGACCUUAUUGAUCUCCAGAAUGGUCAAUCACGACAGCCCCAAUCCCCGGCUAAUGUAGUACCAGCAACAGCGACCAUAGCCACUGAGCCUUCUCCUUUUGUGCCGACCGAUGUCACCCCUCCCAAUGCAACGCGUGUGCGAAAUCAUUCAACAUCCACCACUGCGCCGACUCAUUCACACAAUCCACUGAAUCGAACAGAGACAUUCAACACAGAUAAUGGCGGUUCUAUUUACGAUGAUACAACCGCAUUUGAUGACGAGGAUGAUUUGCAACUUCUUUCGCAUCAAGGCCCGAUUGCUGGUGCGCGGUACAAUCCUACGCCUACACCGUCAGAUGCUGGUAGUGCUAUUCAGCUUCGUUCAGCGGCCGGGAUAUCGGCGGCACCGACAAGUCGUACCCGGAAACGACGAGGAUUCAAGGAGACCAUUAAAGGCACGGUGAAUAAUCUGUUGGGCCGUCCUGGAACCGCUUCCGGUACUGCCGGCGAAGGUGGCGAACGUAUCAUCUACUUAAAUAACCAAGAUCUCAAUGAUCAGCAACGAUUCUUGCACAACAAGAUUUUUACAGCGAAAUAUACCGCGAUCACUUUCCUUCCCAAGUUUUUGUACGAAGAAUUCUCAAAGUACGCCAAUCUGUUCUUCUUGUUCGUAUCUGGUAUCCAGCAAAUUCCCGGUAUCUCGCCUACUUCACGUUGGACGACCUUGGUCCCUUUGGUGAUUGUACUGUUCAUCACGGCUAUCAAGGAAAUUGUAGAAGAUUGGGGAGUUCAUCGAUCUGACGCCGAACUCAACGCGAAAAAAUGUAAAGUGCUGGUUGGAACCCAAUUUGUUGAAAAAGCUUGGCGUGAUGUGGCUGUGGGUGAUAUUUUACGUGUCGAGGGUGGCGAGAACUUUCCGGCCGAUCUUAUUUUGGUCAGCAGUUCGGAACCUGAAGGCUUAUGCUAUAUUGAAACAAGCAACCUCGAUGGUGAAGUCAAUUUGAAAAUCAAGCAAGCGCUUCCACAAACGGCUCAGAUUCUGAAUCCUAUUGAAGUGAGCCGUUUGCAAGGAGUCAUCAAAUCGGAACAACCCAACAAUCGUUUAUACAACUACGAUGGCGUUUUAUCGACGUCUUCUGCGGAUGAAAUGGGCAAAGCGCGCGAUUACGCUCUGGACCCCACUCAGCUGUUACUACGUGGCGCCCAGCUUCGAAAUACAUCCUGGAUUUACGGUAUCGUUGUAUUCACUGGUCACGAGACCAAGUUGAUGCUCAACUCAAGCAAAAAACCAUCCAAAAUCUCAAAUGUGACACAUAUUACCAACCGCAAUAUCCUGUAUCUUUUCGCGAUCCUUGUAGCCAUGAGUAUUGCCGGCGCCAUUGGUGGUUUGGUAUUCACGAUUUACAAAGGAGACGAAGUGUCUUAUCUUCCGUUGGGCCAACAAAGUCGGGGGGAAGAAUUUGGUUAUGAUAUCUUGACGUUUUUGAUUCUUUUCAAUAGUUUCAUCCCUAUCAGUUUAAUGGUCACGAUGGAAAUUGUGAAAUUUGUCCUGUCUUACUUGAUUGAGGCGGAUUUGGACAUGUAUUAUGACAAGACCGAUACACCUGCGGUGGCAAGAAGUAGUAGUUUGAUCGAAGAACUUGGUCAGGUGAAAUUCGUGUUCUCUGACAAGACGGGUACAUUAACGUGUAACGAGAUGCAGUUUCGACAAUCGUCGAUCGCUGGUCUCUCGUAUGCAGACAAGGUGGAUUCGGAUAAACAAGCACGCGACGGUGUGGAUGAUCCGUCCCUUCAAUACACGUUUGCUCAACUGCAAGAGCAUCUGAAAACUCACCCGACUGCCAACGUUAUCAACGAAUUUCUCACCCUGCUUGCUUGUUGUCACACUGUUAUCCCCGAAAAACAGGAGAACAGUGAGGAUAUCGUGUAUCAAGCGUCGUCACCCGAUGAAGGAGCUCUUGUCAAAGGAGCAAGCCAACUUGGCUACACAUUCCACACGCGACGACCGAAUUCCAUUACCUGCAGUAUUCGCGGUCAUGAUAUGGAGUUCCAAGUACUGAAUGUAUGCGAAUUCAAUUCCACUCGCAAGCGUAUGUCGGCGAUCAUUCGUGGCCCUGAUGGAAAGAUCAAGUUGUACUGCAAAGGCGCCGAUACAGUGAUUUUGGAACGGUUAGCAGAAAAUAACCCGUUUGUCGAAUCGACGCUGGUUCAUUUGGAAGAUUAUGCCUCGGAAGGUUUACGUACUUUGUGUAUCGCGAUGCGUGAGAUUCCUGAAGAAGAGUAUGCUCGUUGGUCUCAGAUUUACGACAAGGCAUCGACGACACUGGUGAACCGAUCGGAUGAAUUGGAUCGAGCGGCUGAGAUGAUUGAAAAGGACUUGUUUUUACUGGGAGCCACUGCCAUCGAGGAUAAGCUUCAAGACGGUGUGCCAGAUACGAUUCACACAUUGCAGGAAGCCGGUAUCAAAGUGUGGGUGCUGACGGGUGAUCGUCAGGAAACAGCCAUCAACAUUGGUUACUCUUGCAAGUUAUUGAACGAAGAAAUGAGUUUGAUUGUGUGCAACGAAGAAAGUCAUUGGGAGACCAAGAAUUUCCUUGAAAGAAAAUUGCGCGACAUUACCGAUGUGUUGAACCGCGGUGAAGACAUGGAACCUCUUGCUUUGGUGAUUGAUGGCAAGGCAUUGACGUUUGCACUGGAGAAGGAUAUUGAAAAGAUUUUAUUCGAUCUGGCGGUUCUGUGCAAAGCCGUGGUGUGCUGUCGUGUGUCUCCGUUGCAAAAGGCGUUGGUGGUCAAGCUUGUGAAAAAGUACGACAAAUCGAUCCUUUUGGCCAUUGGUGAUGGUGCCAACGAUGUGUCAAUGAUUCAAGCCGCGCACGUGGGAGUGGGUAUUUCUGGUGUGGAAGGUCUUCAGGCGGCUCGAAGUGCCGAUUUUGCCAUUUCCCAAUUCCGGUUCCUCAAGAAACUUUUGCUCGUUCAUGGUGCAUGGGCCUAUCAGCGACUCAGUAAAAUGAUCUUUUUCUACUUUUACAAGAACGUGGCCUUGUAUCUUACACAAUUUUGGUAUGCCUUUUACAACGGCUUUUCGGGCUCGACGUUGUACGAAUCAUGGACCAUGUCGUGUUUUAACGUCAUCUUCACAUUUUUGCCGCCUUUGGUGAUGGGUAUUUUUGAUCAAUUGGUAUCGGCGCGACUGCUUGACAAGUAUCCGCAAAUGUACAUGCUUGGUCAAAACAACGAAUUCUUUAAUCAGAAACGAUUCUGGGGUUGGUUUGCCAAUGCCUGUUUCCAUUCGCUGUUGCUAUUUUUCCUGGGUGUUGCUGCAUUUAAAACGGAUGGUGUUUUCAGCAAUGGUCUUGUGGGUGGCCAAUGGUGGGCAGGUUCGGCUGUUUUCACGGCUGUCUUGGGCUGUAUUCUGUGGAAGUGCGCAUUGAGCACCGAUAUCUGGACAAAGUAUACAGUGAUUGCUAUUCCAGGAUCCAUGGCAGUAUGGUUCCUGUAUCUUCCGGUAGUGGCAUACAUUGGGCCUGCUAUUUCUGUGAAUGUGUUCCCUGAAUACUAUGGUCUUGUACCUAUGCUUUGGGGCAAUUUGAAUUUCUGGUUAUUUAUUAUCCUUGUGCCAUUUGUCUGCAAUUUGCGUGACUUUUUCUGGAAAUAUGCGAAACGCAUGUACCGACCGUUGCCGUACCACUUUAUUCAAGAAAUCCAGAAAUACAAUCUUCCCGAUUACCGACCGCGUAUGGAUCGAUUCCGACAAGCCGUCAACAAAGUCCGACGGAUACAGCGUCUUAAGCGUAAUCGAGGUUAUGCCUUUUCACAAAACGACAGCGAUCAAACCAAGAUUAUCCGUGUAUAUGAUACAACUCAACAAAAACCUCAAGGUUAAAAAACCCCCUCAAGAAAAACCACAAACAUCAAACUAUACAACCUUGGAGAGAGAUGCUAUCCAAACAUCUUUUCUGCUUUACUUCGUAAUAUAUGUUUAUAUACCAGCUGACUGACAAAAAAAAAAAAGAAACAAAGAAAAAAAAGGAAACUUCUCGAUUGUGCAACAUGGGGUAAUAAGGAGCUUUUUUAUCCAUGGCCGGCUGGAAAGAUUUUUAUUUACGUCAUUUUGGAGGAAAAGGAAAGUUUCCAUCCCUGCCCACAUACACGCCU